AUGUUCUCCACCUAUCCCUUUUCUCUAUCUCUGUUCUCUACUUAUCUAUGUUCUUUAACUAUCUGUUCUCUACCUGUCUCCUUUUCGUACCUAUCUCUGUUCUCACCCUUUUUCUAUGUUCUCCACCUAUCCCUUUUCUCUAUCUCUGUUCUCUACUUAUCUAUAUUCUUUAACUAUCUCUUUUCUACCUGUCACCUUUUCGUACCUAUCUCUGUUCUCUACCUAUUUCUGCUUUCUGUCUAUCUCUUUUCUAUACCUUUCUCUUUCUGUCCUUUUUCUUAUCCUCUUUCACAUUUACAAACGCACCAUUAUUUGCUGAGCAUAUUUUCUCUCAACAAGUUCCUUCUCUCUUCUUCCUCUCCCAGACCACGUUCUGACAUCCACUUGCUUAAGUCCGCUAGCAUUAUCACUUUCUUUCUUUCUUUCUUUCUUUCUUUCUUUCUUUCUUUCUUUCACUUCAAUAUUAUCUCUCUCUUCAAUACUAUCUUUCUCCUCAACAUUGUCUCUAUCUCUCUUCAACAUUAUCUCUCUCUUCAACAUUAUCUUUCUCUCACUCUCUCUUCAACAUUCUCCCUUUCACUCCAACAUUACCUCUCUCUUCAACAUUAUCUCUCUUUUCUCCCUCUAACUCCAACAUUACCUCUCUCUUCAACAUUAUCUCUCUUUUCUCCCUCUCACUCCAACAUUAUCUCUCUCUUCAACAUUAUCUCUCUUUUCUCCCUCUCACUCCAACAUUAUCUCUCUUUUCUCCCUCUCACUCCAACAUUAUCUCUCUUUUCAACAUUAUCUCUCUCGUCAACAUUAUUUCUCUUCAUCAUUCUCUCUCUCUAUUAUCUCUCUCUUUCUCUUAGACGUUAUAUCUCUCUUAAUCUCGCUCCAACGUUAUCAAUCUCUCACUCUCUCACUAACGUUAUCUUUCUCUUUCUUUCUCGCUCUCGCCGUUAUAUUUCUCUAUAUCUCUCUCACCGUUAUCUUUCUCUCUCUCACCAACAUUAUCUUUCUUUCUCCCUCUUCCGUGUAAUCUUUCUUUCUUUCCAACAUUGA